CGGCAGUCGUGCUGAAACAAGAUGGCUGUGCGCGUGAGUGGAGUGGAGGGAGACUGAGGCGAUGCAGAGAACGAAAGGGAGAGUUCGUGGAAUCUUGUACAGAUACAUACCGAUCUCAAGACAGAGGCCGGCUUAUUUGUAGAAUGGUGUCGAAUCGCUUGCGUUAGCAUUAGAGUGAUCUCUAUAAUCUUCACGGGGAAGUAAGGCUAGGCAACAUAAGGAGCCAACAAAAUCACGGAGGAUCCAGGCUCCCGGUAGAGGACAGCCGGGGACGCUCACAACUGUCAGAGAUGUCCCUGCUAUGUGUUGGAGUAAAGAAAGCCAAGCUGGAUGGACCUCAAGAGAAGUUCAACACCUAUGUAUCUCUGAAGGUGCAGAAUGUGAAGAGCACUACCAUCGCUGUCAGGGGCAACCUGCCUAGCUGGGAGCAGGACUUCAUGUUUGAGAUUAACAGGCUGGACCUGGGUCUCACGGUUGAGGUGUGGAAUAAAGGCUUGAUAUGGGACACUAUGGUGGGCACGGUGUGGAUCCCCCUGCACAGCAUCCGCCAAUCAAACGAGGAGGGCCCAGGGGAGUGGCUGACCCUGGACUCCCAGGUCAUCAUGGCAGAUAAUGAGAUCUGUGGGACCAAAGAGCCCACUUUACACUUGGUGCUUCUGGACACCCGCUUUGAACUGCCACUUGAUAUCCCUGAGGAUGAGGCGCGAUACUGGGCCAAAAAGCUGGAGCAACUCAACGCCAUGAGGGAUCAGGAUUACUCUUACCAGGAAGAACAGGAAGGCCCACUUCCUGUCCCAGCAACUCAGUGCUGUAACUGGAGUCUCUGGGGAGACCAACAAAAUGAGGACCCAGACAGCGCUGUGGACGACCGAGACAGUGACUACCGCAGUGAGACCAGUAACAGCAUGCCUCCGCCCUACUACACCACCUCCCAGCCCAACGCCUCCGUGCACCAGUAUCCCAUCAGCCAGCAGCGCCACGCCUCCCGAGGCUCCGCCCACCCCCACUCCACCACCAACAGUCAGGAGCCCGACUACCAACAACAGAGAGCCAUCAGUCCCACGGGGAGCUACGCCUCGUCGGCGGAGCUGAGCCGGUGCAGCAGCCAGCUGAGCGAGGAGGAGGAGUACGGGCCGGGGUACGGGGCGAGGGACCCCUACGACGAGAACGACUCCUACCACUCCUGCCACUCCUCGGUCAGCUACAGCAAGGAGGGCUCCCCGGACUGGGACCCGGACGAGACCCAGGGGGCGUACAGCGACGAGGGCGGCUACAGCAAGGACGGGGGGGAGGAGGGCGCCCUGUACGAGGAGGACGACGGGGGGCUGUACGAGGGCGAGGAGGACGGCCUCUACGAGGACGAGGAGAUGGCGUACGAGGACGAGGACGGGUACCCCCUGGACGGGGCCCUCAGCGAGGAGCUGGAGCCUCCGUACACGCCCACCCCGACCUCCACGGCCCCGCCGGCCUCGGAGCCGUCUGGCGCUAGGCCUCCCCUGGAGAAGCAGGCCUCCCUGCACCAGCAGCAGCAGCCGCCCGGCCAGCCGCCGAGUCAAUCCCAGAACCAGGCUCAUCCCCCGGGCGUGGCUCCAGCAGCACAGCCGCUGCCUGGUCAACCCGCCGGCAAGCCCCAGCCUCCCCCACCCUCUCAGCCCCAGCCCCAGCCUCAGCCCACCCCAGCCCCUACCUCGUCCUUCUUCUCCAUGGCCAAACCGUUUUCGGCGGCGGUCACGGGCUUGGCCUCCACCUUCCUGUCCUCUGUCCCCUCAGCCCAGCCCUCCCAGCCUCAGCCUCCAGCCCCAGCUCCAGUGCCCCAGCCCCAGUCUGCGACCACGUCUGCCGCCCCUCCAUCCCACCCAUCCACCAUGGCAGCUCCUUCCCAGGCCCUCUCCUCCACCACAAGCCCCCCCUCUCAGCCUGCCUCGUCAUCUGGCCCCCCCCAGGGCCCCGCCCAGGGUCUCCCUGCCGCCCAGUCAGCGGCCCCUGUUGCCCAGCCUCCCCAGCCAGACGACCAGCGCCUCCUGGGGGAGGAGGAGCUGGUAGACCGGGAAGCACGGACCCCCCCGGCCCAAACAAAGGAGGAGUCUCUUAUGAAGGAGGAGCUGUUGGAGGAAGAGGAGGAGCGCUACGAGCCCAGCCCGCCCCUCACUCCUGCAGAGGAGACACAGCAGCCCCCUGAGAGUGCUCCUGUGGACGAGGAGCCCAAGGAGCCAGUAGACCCUUCAGUGAGAGCCAAGGAGAACUGGCUGAGGAUCAUCAACAAGGUCCGACAGCAGAUACAAGAGGCCCGAGGAGAGACGUCCCAGUCGCUGUGGUUUGGUAAAGGAGGGAUGGGUGGGGCCCUGUACAGUAUCGACAGCAUGCCUGACCUACGCAAGAGGAAAGCCAUACCUAUGGUCAGAGACCUGAUGCUGCAAGCCAUGUCCCUGGUGCAGAGCUCCCGUAAGGCUGGCAUCACGUCAGCCAUGGCCUCCACCACCCUGAACAACGAGGAACUGAAGAGCCACGUGUACAAGAAGACCCUGCAGGCUCUCAUCUACCCCAUCUCCUGCACCACGCCCCACAACUUCGAGGUGUGGACCGCCACCACGCCCACCUACUGCUACGAGUGCGAGGGCCUGCUGUGGGGCAUCGCCCGCCAGGGCAUGCGCUGCUCUGAGUGUGGCGUCAAAUGCCAUGAUAAGUGCCAGGACCUCCUCAAUGCUGACUGCCUACAGAGAGCGGCAGAGAAGAGCUCCAAGCAGCACGGGGCGGAGGACCGCACCCUGAACAUCAUGGUGGUCCUGAAGGACAGGAUGAAGAUCCGGGAGAGGAACAAGCCCGAGAUCUUCGAGCUCAUCCAGGAAGUGUUCGCCAUCGUCAAGGCAACCCACGCCACACACAUGAAGCAGAUCAAACAGAGCGUCCUCGACGGGACCUCCAAGUGGUCCGCCAAGAUCAGCAUCACUGUGGUGUGUGCCCAGGGUCUGCAGGCCAAAGACAAGACGGGCUCCAGUGACCCCUACGUCACCGUCCAGGUGGGUAAGACCAAGAAGAGGACCAAGACCAUCUACGGAAACCUCAACCCCGUCUGGGAGGAGAACUUUCACUUCGAGUGCCACAACUCCUCAGACCGCAUCAAGGUGCGUGUCUGGGACGAGGACGACGACAUCAAGUCCCGCGUGAAGCAGAAGUUCAAGAGGGAGAGCGAUGACUUCCUGGGCCAGACCAUCAUCGAGGUCCGCACGCUCAGCGGAGAGAUGGACGUCUGGUACAACCUGGACAAGCGAACAGACAAGUCAGCCGUGUCCGGAGCCAUCCGCAUGCACAUCAGCGUGGAGAUCAAGGGAGAGGAGACGGUGGCUCCUUACCACGUCCAGUACACCUGUCUGCACGAGCACCUGUUCCAGUACACGACAGAGGAGCAGAACGGCGGCGUGGUGAAGAUCCCCGACGCCAAAGGAGACGAUGCCUGGAAGGUGUACUUUGAGGAGACGGCCCAGGAGAUCGUGGACGAGUUCGCCAUGCGCUACGGCGUGGAGUCCAUCUACCAAGCCAUGACCCACUUCGCCUGCCUAUCGUCCAAGUACAUGUGCCCAGGGGUGCCUGCUGUCAUGAGCACUCUCCUGGCCAACAUCAACGCAUACUACGCCCACACCACCCAGUCCUCCAACAACGUCUCCGCCUCCGACCGCUUCGCCGCCUCCAACUUCGGGAAGGAGAGGUUUGUCAAACUGCUGGAUCAGCUGCACAACUCCCUGAGGAUUGACUUGUCCAUGUACCGGAACAACUUCCCUGCCAGCAGUCCAGAAAGACUUCAGGAUCUCAAGUCCACUGUGGACCUUCUGACCAGCAUUACCUUCUUCAGGAUGAAGGUCCAGGAGCUCCAGAGCCCACCCAGGGCCAGCCAGGUGGUGAAGGACUGCGUGAAGGCGUGUCUCACCUCCACCUACGAGUACAUCUUCAACAACUGCCACGAGCUCUACGGACGAGAAUACCAGACCGAUCCAGCCAAGGCUGUUGCCCCUGAUGAACAGGGCCCCAGCGUCAAGAACCUGGACUUCUGGUCCAAGCUCAUCACCCUCAUCGUCUCCAUCAUAGAGGAGGACAAGAACUCCUACACACCCUGCCUCAACCAGUUUCCGCAAGAACUGAACGUAGGCAAGAUUAGUGCUGAGGUUAUGUGGAACAUGUUUGCUCAAGACAUGAAAUACGCCAUGGAGGAGCAUGAGAAGAACCGCCUGUGUAAGAGUGCUGAUUACAUGAACCUGCACUUCAAAGUGAAGUGGCUUUAUAACGAGUACUGCAAGGAGCUCACCACCUUCCAGAAACAUGUGCCUGAGUACCCUGCUUGGUUUGAGCCAUUUGUCAUCCUGUGGUUGGACGAGAAUGAGGAAGUGUCCAGAGACUUUCUCCACGGUGCCCUGGAGAGGGACAAAAAGGAUGGGUUCCAGGUGACGUCGGAGCACGCUCUGUUCUCCUGCUCCGUGGUGGACGUGUUCUCCCAGCUCAACCAGAGCUUCGAGAUCAUCCGCAAGCUGGAGUGCCCUGACCCUCAGAUCGUGGGCGACUACAUGAAGAGAUUCGCCAAGACUAUUGGCAACGUUCUUCUGUCUUAUGCUGACAUCAUUGCCAAGGACUUCGCAAAUCACUGCUCCAAGGAAAAAGUGCCCUGCAUCCUCAUCAAUAACAUCCAGCAGCUCCGAGUCCAGCUGGAGAAGAUGUUUGAGGCCAUGGGAGGCAAGAAUCUGAACGUGGAGGCCAGUGACUUCCUGAAGGAGCUGCAGGUGAAGCUGAACAACGUCAUGGAUGACCUCAGCAGGAUCUUUGCGGUCAGCUUCCAGCCCCACAUCGAGGACUGUUUGAAGGAGAUGGGAGACAUCCUUGCCCAGGUGAAGGGUCAGACUGUGCCCGCCAACGGAAGCGUGGUCCAGGAUGCUGACAACGUCCUGCAGCCCAUCAUGGACUUCCUGGACGUCAACCUGUCGCUGUUUGCCAAGAUCUGUGAGAAGACGGUUCUGAAGAGGGUGCUGAAGGAGCUGUGGAAGCUGGUGAUGAACACCAUGGAGAAGACCAUUGUGCUCCCGCCCCUCACAGACCAGACGGGAACUCAGAUGAUAUUUAAUGCUGCCAAAGAGUUGGGGCAGCUCUCCAAGCUCAAGGAGCACAUGGUGCGAGAGGAGGCCAGGGCUCUGACUCCCAAGCAGUGUGCAGUCAUAGAGCUGGCACUGGACACCAUUAAGCAAUACUUCCAUGCAGGUGGAGUUGGUCUGAAGAAGACCUUCCUGGAGAAGAGCCCUGACCUGCAGUCCUUACGCUACGCACUGUCCCUCUACACACAAGCCACAGACAAACUCAUCAGGAAGUUUGUCCUCUCCCAGAACGCUCAAAUACAUGGAGGGAAGGGGGUCAGGUACACCCUUAAUGAAGACACCUUACCAGAAAAGGCGUCUGGGGUGGAGGCGGUUGGAGAGGUGGUCAUGCACGUGGAGGUCUUACCCCAGCCCAAUGGAGAGCACAAGGUCACAGUGAAAGUGGUGUCUGCCAACGACCUCAAGUGGCAGACCCAGGGCUUCCGGCCCUUCGUCGAGGUCUUCCUCGUUGGCCCCCACCUCAGUGACAAGAAGAGAAAGUUUGCCACGAAGUCCAAGAACAACACCUGGUCUCCCAAGUUCAGCGAGAGCUUCCAGUAUGCCCUGGGCACCGAGGUGGGCCCGGAGAGCUACGAGCUGCAGGUGUGCGUGAAGGACUACUGCUUCGCCAGGGAGGACCGCACCGUGGGCAUGGCCCUGAUCCAGAUGAAGGACAUGGUCUCCCGAGGCAGCGCCACCUGCUGGAUGCCCCUGGGGAAGCGGGUGCACAUGGACGAGACGGGCCUGACCGUGCUGAGGAUCCUGUCCCAGCGCAACAACGACGACGUGGCCAAGGAGUUCGUCAAGCUCAAGUCAGACCAGCGGUCUGCGGAGGAGGGCCGGCCCAGCUGAGGAGAGAGACCCCACACACACACACACACACACACACAGGACAGAUUUCUACACACAGAUACAAAUAGAUACAGUCCAGUCCAGUAUAUAUGAUCAUAUGCAGAUAUAAGAGAGAAUUAUGUACUGGGUUUAGCCACAUACACAAUGAAUAUACAUACACGAUAAAUACACACACACACACACACAGUCGAGACACACGUACACAGCCAUGUUUCGCAGCACUGAUAUCCUUCUACAACAUUCUUCCUCCUGAACCCAGUCUAACAGCGGGCUCAGUGUAGGAUUUACAAUCAUGCCAGAAACAUCAGCUCAAACUAUUUAUCUAAUCAUCUCUCUCUCUGUCCCAUGCCCACCACCAAUCAAUCCUGUUCCAUUCCCACCUCUCUCUGUGCACCCCACACUAUCACAAUUGUACAUUUUAAAUCUCGAGAUGUAAUAUAUAUAGAAAAAAAACAUAUGCGGUCAUGCGAGUUUGAGACAGAUCACUUUGCACUUUGAUUCUUUGCUUCUCCUGGAGCUUGGUGGUGAGCCACGCUCCUCCUCCUCCUCCCCUGCCUGCCUGCGUGUCCUUUCAGCCUGGCCUCCGUCUCGUCUCCAUCGUACUCUGGUCGCCCGGUCUUCCUGCUCACCUGGGGCAUUUAUAUUUUGAGACAGAGAAUAUAUGGAUGUGGAAGCAUCGGAUAGGAGCUGAGGAGUAUUUUGUGGGAUUACAAGACGUGUGUGAUGGAGGAGACUUGUUUGGGAACAUCAUGUUGGGUCAUAGUGCAUGUUGAAACACUGUGUGGGGUCACAGACACCAACACCUUUAGUUACAUGAUGCAUUGUGGUCCCUGGCCUUCAACCCCCAGACACAACUCUCACUCACAUGAACUCACUACCAAGGAGCAAUACCCAAAACAUCCGAUAGACUAUCCCAUGUUGUUGUUCAAGUAUGUUCAACUGUGUUGAUCUCCCUUGCACAAUUAAAGCAAAGGGCUACAUGACCAACAGACAGGACAGAUGUCACACAAACACGUUAUUCUGUGGUGCAAUACUGUGUGUUGUUCUCGUGGCAAACCAGCCAUGUCAGUUUUCCCUUGUCACUCAUCCCUUGUUCCCCGGACGGCUGCAGGAGUCUGUUCGAAGGGCCUUCUUUGACUUAGAGACACUCUGGAAUCUCUGACUUCAGUGAAUUAGUCUGUGAGACAAUGUGAUGGCAGAACAAGAGAACUGAUCCCCUCCUCACAUCUGGGCCCGCGGGCCAUGGGUUCUCCAUCCACGGUAUCACGAAGACCUGUGGGUGAGUCGACCAAGGCAGCGGACAGGACUGCCCAUGUCUGACUGCUGUAUGAAGCUCUCGUCUUUCUCAAUCCCUAACCCUUCGCCGGAUCUGUGUCUCUGAGGCAAUACCUAUCUGGCUGUUUGUUUGGCCACUUAGUUCCAUUCUAAAAAAUGAAAAGCCUAUACUAUACCUGUGAGCCCUGUAUGUACACUUUAUGUGUGAUUGUGUGUGUGUGUGCGUGUGUGAUCUGAAAAUGGACAUCAGACAUAUUAUCUCAGUGUGGUUGCAAGCAAUAUCCUUAACCCAAAUGUAAACUCUGCACAUACACAGUACCUGCCCUGUAGUACACUUCGUAGGAGUACGAACUGCAAUAUCCAACUCAAAGGAACAGAUCUGUCAUGGACUUCUAUCACAAUACCCAUCUCAUAGGAGAGUGUUCGUAUGCAUGCUUUCCAUGGAGUAUUAUGUCGGAAUACCAAACUCUGAAUUGAUCUGAGAAUUUUGACUGACAUCUGACCUUAUCCUACGUGCUCGAUGACCAAGGACUUGUUUGUAGAAGAAUCUUGUGGAGCACGCGAUGAUCAUGAUGGUGACAUGGACUCAACUCAAACGGACCAGCUUGUGUUUUUAUAAGACAGUGAAUGGCUUCCUGGUUGAACUCUUGUGAAAACGACUCCCACCACCACCAUCACUCCUACCUCCCUAAACCACACGCUUCUCACAUCUCAAGUGUAUAGAAGAGACCCCAUUUGAAUGACAUGUCGGUUUGAAUGCUAUUGAACGUUUACAUUGCCAACGAUAGGUGUGAGCACAAUGUGUACUGCUGAGUAAAGAAAGGAAUCGCUCGGUGAGCCUGGGGACAAGCUAGUGCUGCUGUUUCCUAUCCUGAGGAGCCUAAUAGGAAACUGACUGUGAUGAUGAAGGGAAACGUAAAAAAAAAAAUGGCGGAUCGGUUGUUUUAAUCAUUGCACCUCUGUUCAACCAAAUACAAGGGAUCUGAAUGUCAUUGCUAAUCACAAUGGCCUUUUGCCUUUUCUCUCACAUCAUGUUAAAGGGAUAGUUCACCCAAAACAGGUGCCAACCUAUGCCUUUUAUUGAGGCCUGCAGAGUUCACCUAAUGAAUGACGCAGACUUAAAACCUUUUGUUGUUGACACAGAUUCUUUUAAAUAAUGAACUACCCCUUUAAUUCUCAAUAUAUGAUUUUUAGAUACAGUACUUAUGGCUAGUGGGUGAAUCUUUGGCAAAGCAUUUGUGCUGGUGCCACAAUAAGUGAGAAUGUAUCAAGUAGACACUUUUAGUGUUAGCCAGUUUAGUCCAUAACAUGCAGCCUCUCAAAACGUAGCCCAAGACAUUCCUACAACUCUUAAUGCAUGUACACACACACACACAAACCUAUGGUCAAGCACAAAAGGGCACAUUUGAGAUGACACACAUGCAUGUUAGCACGCUGACACAUCUCUAUGGUGAUGCCCACUCUGUGAAUACAAACUACAAGUGCAUGAUGGGAAAAUGAACUUUAUCGUGUCAGCACGUGUCUCUUUGAUGUUACCUGCCAACAUAUAUUUUAUUUCAAUUUCAACACCUAUGUAACAAUAAGGUAAACAUUUUUAUUUUUCAAACAGCUUGUGAAUACAUUAACUGUAACAAAUAUGAAUGUAGCGUGUACACGGAAAUCGCAUGAGAGAAUUAUUUUCUACUGAGGAUGUUUCUAAUUUGUUUCUAAUCAUUAUUAUUGAUUGUUCUUUAAUGAGGUUGAAGUGGAAUUGGAAUGCAGCCUGGUCAUUAUCUGCUUCCUAUUAAAGGACACAAUGUCAUCCA